AUGAAGUUCGCCAUCCUGCUCCUGGUGGCCUGCCUGUCGGUCUCCCUGGUGGUGGCCGAUGACCGCGAGGAGGAGGUCGUCAGCGUGCAGGAGCAGGAGCUGACAGCCAGGAAGCUGCUGGACACCAAAUACGUGUUCUGCGAUCCCUACGAUAACGUCAUCACGUGCAAGGGCAAGUACGAGUUCUGCGGCCUGCUGAAACACCCCGUGUGCAAGGAUGUCAAGACCUGCAAAAAGGUCAAGGUGUGCGUGAAGUACGGCUACAGGUACUACAAGAAGAAGUACUGCAAGAAGUACGGCUACAAGUACGUCUGCGACACCAAGAAGGUGUGCAAGAAAUACGCGUGCAUGAAGAAGAAGAGGUACGGCUACCACCACGGCUAA